CUUCCAUUCCCUUUCACCUCUCUUCACUUCAGACCAGAGUCACAUCACUCCUUUGUCAGUUUUUUCUAUUUACUUUUUUAUUAUACCUUGUCCAGAUCUUCAAAUUGCAAAACUAGAUCUUUUUAUCUGUUGUUGUGCGUAAAAGAGUAUCAAAAUGAAAAAAUUUUGAAUUUUGGUGUCGUCACUUUUCUUGUUUCAUAACCAAGAUUCAUAGAUGGAAUCACUAUAGCAAUCAGAUUAUUCAUUGCCAGAAUAAUUUAAGUUCGAAGCAUCGAUAUAUAAUUAAGUCCAGUCCCCUAAAAUGUUUUUUCUUCUUCGUUCACUUGUUUCUUUUAACAGUAAAUAUAACAAUCAAUAACAAUUAAUUUAUUCUUAACGAUAAAACAAAUGUUUAUAGUUGACUGUAAAUAAAACAAAAUUAGCGACACUAUUUUAUUUUUCAUAUAUAGAGUAAAAUAUGAGAAUGAAUUGAUUAUAGAACACUAAAAAUGAGUUUGGUCCGAGAGGUUUCAGACACGAGUAUUAUUACAAGAACAAUAAUAGGAAUUUAAUGUGAGACUUUUAACCAUCUAAAUUGCUUGCUCUCGAGAAUAGAUAAAUUUGUGAGACGAUAUAAUGAAUUAUACAAGUUUUGGUUAAGAUAUAUAUAAUGUAACUAAAGGUGAUAAAUAUAAUAGAAAGAAUUAGUUGAUAGAGAAUGGAAAAAAAGGUGUAAAAAUAAGGAGCGGGAAUAGUGGAAGUUUGUGUGUUGUUGAGAUUGAAAGGAGAGAUAUUUGGAUUGGAUUGGGAAAUAUAAAAUCUGUCACUUUUCACUGCGAUGAAUGCAAUGCAUUUGCAAUGAAAAAGCCAUGGGAGACGACUCGCCAAAAAAUAAAGUAAAGUUCCUCUGCAGCUACGCCGGCAAGGUCCUUCCACGACCCUCCGAUGGGCUUCUGAGGUACGUGGGAGGCGAGACUCGGGUGGUUUCAGUGCCUCGUGACGUGACAUUCGCCGAGCUGAUGAAGAAGGUGGGGAACAUGGUGGAGGGGGAGGUGGUGCUCAAGUACCAGCUUGUGCCCGAAGAUCUGGACGCGUUGAUUUCAGUUAGGACGGAGGAAGAUGUGAAGCACAUGAUCCAGGAGCACGACCGCCACCAAACCGGAUUGCUCCGUGCAUUCCUGUUUCCGUCUUCAAAGAUGCUUUUGGCUGCCUCGGAACCCUAUCCAUUGGAGCAACGUUACAUCGACGCCGUGAAUGGAAUCCUCCGAACAAGCCCUAAAGCGACGACCAGGGGCUCUGCAUGUUCUUCCCCGAAAUCAAUCUCACCCGAAGCAGGGGAUCAGUACUCCCCUCGGUUUUGCAAUAAUUCGAUUUCCAUGUCGAGUGCGAUGCAGAGAGUGCGAAGCUCUCCCAGCCUCUCAAACAUGGAUCAGCAAGCUCAUUACCACCAGCCUCAUCCCCAUCACCCUUUUCUCAACUAUCCAUCUUUCUCUACGACUAGACCGCCCCAAGAUCCUCAAAUAGCAAGACUUGGUGGAAGGGGUGCCUCCUUCAACUACCAUUACUCAAACCCUAGACAACCCCCCAGAGGAGUAGGAGGAGUAGGAGGCUAUGGCUACCCUGAUGACUCUGCAACUUAUGGGAAUCCCCUUCCUAAUCUCCCCAGAAGUCCCAGAAGAAAAUCUAUAUGGGAGUAGCCCCAACCCCCAUCUCUGUACAUACAUAUAAAUACCACAACUUUUGUAAAUUCGCACACCAUAUCAAUCAAAACCUUUUAUUUUCAAAAUUCUUAUCAUAAAAACUACACCUUUAACAUAUUUUCUCGUUUAUUAACUAACUUGCAACCUUUCAAGACUCGACUACGUAAAAUGUAGGAUGAACAUUUUAAAUAUGUUUGACUUUAAAAAAUCUCUUUUUUUUGUUUCCUUCUACACUUUUCCUAUCUUAUCAUAAACUAAUCUUCCAUCUUUAUGCU